AUGGAUUUCUACAUUGUGAAGCCGAACUUACAGAUCGCCGACUGCGAGGACUGUCCGUCGGACUCCACGUUGCUCUCGAAGAAGUCGGCGUACCUGUCGCUCCAGAAACAGUGUCGCAAGCUUUCGCAGAUGAACGGCGGCGACGCAGCGGUGCCUGCGUGGUGCCGGUGCAAGAGCCCCGGGGAGCCGCGGUCGCCGUCGCCGGCGGACAACGACAAGGGCGGCAGGGAUGCCGGCGGUGGCCAGGGCCAGGGCCAGGGCCACGGAAACCCGGUCGCCAGCUUGCCGCUACAGUCGAUCACGUUGGCUCCGCAGGACUACUCGAAGCUCGAGCCCCGCCCGGACGCGCUGUCGCUCGCCCGGCUGGACUUGCCCAACAACAUCUCGUCCCUCGACGGCAAGUGGCUUGCGUUGAAGUACCUCCAGCUCAACUCGGACGCGGCCUUGGUGCGAUAUAAGUACUUGAAGUCGUACGCCAAGAUCACGCGCCUCCUCAAGAAGUACUUCAGCAAGCCGCAGGUGUCCGAGUACGAGGACUACUCCGACAGCGAGGGCUUCAGGCAGAUCAACGACGAGAUGGCCAAGUUCAAGGCGUUUGAAAACGUCCUCACCCUCCUAGUGGAGUUGAAGAAGCAGUUCCACCAGCGCUUCUCCCACUUCGACGCCGCCUGCGCCACGCCAGCCGACCCCGACGAGGCCCCCGCCUGCUCCAAAACGCCCUCCUCGUCCCGCUAG